UUUCCUCGCCCUCCUCAUGCUUCUUGCCCCUCUUGCAUCUUCCUUCUCUUCUCUCUCCUUCCUCACACACCAUUCCUCAAUUAAUUACUAAUAAUAUUCCUAUAUAUAUCCUCCUCAGGUUGGGCACUCAGCUCUGGCAAAUUCAAUCCCUCCACCCUCUUGCCCUUUUCUCUGCUUCUAAUAAUCCUUCUCACGCCACCCAUAUAGAUCCUUUUAUAUAUCUCUGUUCAUAUACAUUCAUUACCUCCGCACAGUCUUCCAUCUCUCUCUAUCUCUCUUCAUUGAUCAUGGAGGAUAUCAUUCAGGAGCAAGUUGUGGUGGCGUGCAGGGAUCGGGCACAGAUCAUGAAGGGCAAGCUCACCAAGCGUCAAAGGACACCGUCCCCGAUCAGGCUAGCCAUAGGCUUGCCUUCUGCAACGGACAGCAGCAGUGAGGUCUGUUCCGGUGGGUCUGACGUCCCGAACACGUCGUCAUCUGAGUUGAGAGAUAACACGCAGUCCACGACGACAACGUCGCCGACGGAGGAAGAGGAGGACAUGGCCAAUUGCUUGAUUCUUUUGGCUCAAGGGAAAUUCUCACAUCCCGUGGCCGUACCUAAGGAUGGGGCAUACCUUUACCAGUGCAGGACUUGCGACCGAGGCUUCCCUUCGUUCCGAGCGCUUGGCGGACACAGAGCCAGACACAAGAAGAUGAAGCCCAGCCCAGAAGAAAAUAAUCAAGAUGGUGGGUGCGAUGAGUACUGCACCACCACUGCUCUCUCCUUGAAAUUAUCCAACAGGGUUUCUUUGUGUAGCGGUAAAUCGUCCAAAGUUCACGAGUGUUCCAUUUGCGGGGCUGACUUCUCUUCCGGGCAAGCCUUGGGGGGUCACAUGAGAAGGCACAGAACUUUGGUGAACGAGUCAUCCCAGGACGUCAAGAAACCCAGAAACGUCUUCAAGCUGGACUUGAAUCUUCCGGCUCCUGAUGAGGAUCAUGAUCACUCGGAAUCCAAGUUUCCUUUUCACUCCAAAGACUCCGUCCUUGUCUUCUCGGCGUCUCCUUUGGUGGAUUGUCAUUACUGAUGAAGUAUCUCGUAGGUUAACUAACCUCUCCGAGAGACAAACUUGUGUCCACCAUAUUUUUUAUAUUCUCUUUUCGCUCAGGUUAACGUGUACCAGAUAAUCAGAUUAAUGCCCAUUCUUUCCAUUCUUUUAA